AUGGAUCAGGUUCAGAGGACAGGAGAUCCGGGCCCCUCGGAUGCAGACAUGAAAAGCAAAGGGCUGGAUAGCACAGAGAGCCUUCCCAUUCCCAGCAGCAAGAGGAGAACCUCAGAAAUGCCAAUGGCAUAUCCAGGAUAUUCCCAGGAUUCCCAGGACCGUCACGACGGUACCAGCAAUGGGACGGCUCGGUUAUCUCAGUUGGGCUCAGUGGGCCAAUCCCCCUACGCCAGCGCUCCCCCACUUUCCCACACCCCCAAUACUGACUUUCAGCCCCCUUAUUUCCCUCCGCCAUACCAGCCUAUAUACCCCCAGUCACAAGACCCCUACUCCCACGUUAACGACCCCUAUAGCCUCAACUCCCUCCAUGCACAGCCCCAGCCUCAGCACCCGGGGUGGCCGGGUCAAAGACAGAGCCAGGAGGCCAGCCUUUUGCACACACAUCGGGGGCUACCACACCAGCUGUCCGGCCUGGACCCACGUAGGGAUUACAGGCGACAUGAAGAUCUACUGCAUGGGCCUCAUGGGCUAGGCUCAGGACUUGGGGACAUCUCUAUCCACUCCAUAUCUCAUGCAUUAGAAGACGUCUCGCAUGUAGAAGACCCAGGUAUCAACAUCGCAGAUCAAACUGUAAUUAAGAAAGGGCCUGUCUCAUUGUCUAAAUCCAAUAACAAUGCAGUAUCGUCCCUCUCUCUCAACAAAGACAAUCUCUUCGGUGGAGUAGUGAACCCGAAUGAAGUUUUCUGCUCCGUUCCCGGACGCCUGUCUCUUCUAAGCUCAACUUCAAAGUACAAGGUGACAGUGGCAGAAGUACAGAGACGGUUAUCCCCGCCCGAGUGCCUCAAUGCUUCUCUAUUGGGAGGAGUGCUUAGGAGGGCGAAAUCCAAAAAUGGUGGCAGGUCGUUGAGAGAAAAGUUAGAUAAAAUAGGAUUAAACCUUCCAGCUGGAAGACGUAAAGCUGCUAAUGUCACUUUGCUCACAUCUUUAGUGGAGGGUGAAGCUGUUCAUCUAGCCCGAGAUUUUGGGUAUGUCUGUGAAACUGAAUUUCCUGCCAAAGCUAUAGCUGAGUAUGUCAACCGGCAACACUCUGACCCAAAUGAGCAAGUGACCAGGAAAAACAUGCUACUAGCCACAAAGCAGAUUUGUAAAGAAUUCACAGAUUUAUUGUCACAAGACAGAUCCCCCUUGGGUAACUCUAGGCCAAGUCCAAUACUAGAACCGGGAAUCCAAAGCUGUCUGACACACUUCAACCUCAUCUCUCAUGGAUUUGGCAGCCCAGCUGUGUGUGCGGCCAUCACAGCCCUGCAGAAUUAUCUCACCGAGGCACUAAAAGCAAUGGACAAAAUGUACCUCAACAACAAUAAUCCCAACAGCCACACAGACAGCAGCAAAGGAGGGGACAAAGAUGAAAAGCACAGGAAGUGACCCCACUCUGCCAGUCUUCCCUACCUGCUCAGCACCACCCUCUAGUGUUGGCCAAAUGCCCACUGGGGCACAGACAAUUCGGUGCCAUCCUUCCUCCGGAGAUACAAGGCUGCACUGCUUCCUUGUCCAUCCUUCUUUGUCGCCGAAUCCAUUUUUGGAUUAUGACCAGGACAGGCUGAUGAAGCCAGGAAAGAAAGUUGUGUCGUUAAGUGUUCGGACUUUUUCUAAGAAUACUUUUUUUUUUUUAAUUUUAAAGCAACCAGUUCUUGCUAUAUAUCUAUCUAUCUAUGAGAGUCAUCGGACUAAAGUCACCACAUUCUCUACAGUUCAGGUUGUAGCCAAGUUAAGACGGCUGAGGAUGACAUUUAUCAG